AAUAUGGAACUUGAAAUUAAGGAUGCACAGGUUGCCUGUCUAUCAGGAAUAAUUGAUUUACAGAAAGCGUGCCAACAAGAGAAACUGCGUUUUUCGCCGGAGACCAAUCAGUAUCUGCUGUACCAGACAUUGAGAAAACUCGGCCCUUAUGUGGCUCAAAAGUUGGUGUCUAAAUUGGUUGAACGAGGUGAAAUAACAUGGGAGGAGGAUGAAGACUGGGAAGUGGAGCAUAUUUUAGAUCAUACUGUUGAUGAGGGUACAGAUUAUUACCUAAUAAAAUGGAAGAACUGGAGCAAUGCUCAUAACUCAUGGGAGCCCAAAGACAAUCUGGAGUGUGCAGACCUCCUGGAAGAAUUCCACUCCGAAGGCCGGCGCAUCAUGGCCAAGCGCAAGCUUAUUGACUUGGACAAUGUUGGUUAUGAUUCCAAACGCAGUCGUGUGGAUGAAAUCUUCAGGAAGCUUGAGCCAAUAAGAAAAACACUAUCUCCACUUCAAUUAAUCUCAUUGUCCAGUCCCAAAAAAGGUGGGAAGCUUCCUUUGUUCAAGGGUUUGAUCACUAGUAAUGGCCAGAAAUUACCAAAGCUUCAUACUCCUGGCUUCAAGCAACUGAAUCCAAGGACGAAGUUUUACAAACAGAAGAAAGAUGAGGUGCGCAAAGCACUGAAAGAAUGGGAGGCAAAGUUAAAUGAUAUUAACAAUGACCCUGCUCCGAUUGUUGUGGAAAAUGAAGUAGACUUGGAAGGGCCACCCGAGAACUUUGAAUAUAUAAAUGACUACAAACCUGGGAAAGGGAUUGACAUUCCUGAUGACCCAAUAAUUGGCUGUGAAUGUGAAGAUUGUCUAGAAUGCAAAAAGAAAUGCUGUCCAAGUGCCUUCGGUUCAGAGUUUGCAUACUAUAAAUAUAAAAGGCUACGUAUUUCUAGAGGAACGCCAAUUUAUGAAUGUAAUAAACGGUGCAAAUGUGGUCCAGAAUGCCCCAACCGAGUAGUACAACAAGGUCGUAAAUGCAAACUAUGUGUAUUCCGCACUAGUAAUGGCAGGGGUUGGGGAGUUAAAACCAUGCAGAAAAUCAAGAAAGGGUCUUUUGUUGUAGAAUAUGUAGGGGAGGUGAUUACUAAUGAAGAGGCUGAGCGCCGUGGGCGGUACUAUGACGCAGUAGGGAGGACAUACCUGUUUGAUUUGGAUUAUAAUGAUGGAGAUUGUCCUUUCACGGUUGAUGCUGGUUACUAUGGAAAUGUUUCCCAUUUCAUCAACCACUGUUGCGAUCCCAACUUGGAGGUUUUCGGUGUGUGGAUUAACGCUUUGGAUCCUAGACUACCUCGUAUUGCACUCUUCUCCCGACGAGACAUUUCCAAGGGUGAAGAACUAACAUUUGACUACAUGAUGACAGGAGACACUACCAACCAGGCACCAACACUGGACGAUGUGGAAAAGAGCAUUGCUGCUGGGUUGAUAGGGCCAAUUAUUUUGGCAGACCCCUCACAGAACAACUCUCUGAUCAAUGAAGUGGAUAGAAAUAAAACUGAUACUGUAGAUGUAUCAGAUGCUGUUACUAUGGAUACUCCUCCAGAGACACCUAUCAGUGGUCAAGGUGAUACUGAUGAUGAUACCAUGGAGGAGGACUCCCCAAAGAAGAUUGUUACCCUGCGAAAAUCUCCACGGAAGUUUUGUUCUGAAGGAAAUUCUCCGCUAAAAAUGAAAAUGUCACCCCAUUCCCCUUCUAAGUCAUUGGUGAAGUCUGAUUUGCCUUCAACUUCACUACAAGUGGCAGGUGAUGCAGUAUUAGAAGCUGUUUUACCAGAGAAAAAUCCUUCCACUAUUCAACAUUUGAAUAAAGUGCUCGGAACUGAUGGGGAUUCAGAACCAAGUGCCAAGUUGCUACCCAAGUCCAUUACCGACCAGUACAGAAUAGUUUGUCAAUGUGGUUCCAAGAAUUGCAGAAAGUAUCUGUUCUAGAGAAUAUAUCACUUGCCUAUAUAUUAAGUAAUUUCACCAAUGUUUUAAGUACUCUCUU